AUGGCUCACAAAGCCAAGUUAUGUGAUGUGAUCGGUUUUUUGACUCUUUGCUUAUUUACAAUCGGUCUGUAUCUAUGUGCUUGGAAUGAAUACGAUAAAUCGAAAGGUUAUGUUGGAUUGAAAUGUCGAGUUGAUGCGAUCUCGAUUCAACCUCAGACGAGAGGUUACAAAUGUACAUGGCAUGUAACAGUGGUAGAUAAUGUUAACAGGAAUGCAACGAUUAUGGAUAUUUUAACCGAACAUUCGGAAUAUCUUGCAAGUCAAAAAGCAAAAGAACAAUAUGCGGCGAAUCGAGUUUACCCAUGUUAUGGCCUUACUUCAAAAUCAAAAGAAAAACUACUUUGGUCAAAGCCAAGCAACAAUGCUGCAUUGAUUGUAUUCUUCAUUGCAACAAUCUUUCUCAUUCUGCUUUUCUUCGGCGUGCUCAGUAUUACGCUGCGUAAAGAACCUCCGACAAAUAAUUGGCAUGAACAAUAUCUACUUGUCAUUGAUAGAUCAUCGAACAAAGAUGAUGAGUCCGAUGUAGAAAUGCUUUUAUCCGUUUGA